CCUCCAAUGGUUGGGUUCGUUUCUUUGUCUCCCAGCAACCGGGAAACACAACGCAUGCGCAGUGCUCAAUCGUUGGAUCUGGGGCAGCUGGGCAGAGGGAACAGAUACAACUAUUGUACAUUAAUAAAUGAAGGCAUCUGACGUAAUGCUGGGAAGUACAGUUAUAAACCAUCAACAACAUAUUGGACUGCAGAAGCUCUCAGCGUUGGCAGGAAUCACACAUUCUUCUUUGGGCCCCAAUAAAAAGUACAAGUUUAUCCAAGAUGACACAAGUGGGGAGUCAGCUCUUGUGUGUUCAUGUUUUCGCAUCUUUGAGAACCUGGAGCUGACCUGCGCAGUGGGCCAGCUGGUCUAUGAGACUAUUCAAGCCCACCAGAAGGUCUAUAAUUCAGGCUCAGGAUGCCUGCUGUUUCUUGCAGGAGCGUGGAGCCGUGCUGCUCUGGAGUGCCUUCAGAGAGGAAUUUCAGUUUCACACAUCAUCUCAGCUAUGUCUGAAGGGAUUGAUAUAUGCAAAGAUGUUUGCAGGAAAUGUACCGUCUCAACUGAGGAUCUUGGUGUUGCACAGUCAGAGAGCUGCAUUGCAACAUCUCAGCUAUCAGAGAAACCCAUCCUGGAGGCUUCACAGGCAUCGUGCCCACUGCAAUGGACAACAAGUGUUGGUCAUAAGACUCUAAACACCAGUGGACAAAGAAAAAUAAAGCUCAGCAGAUAUUUUUAUGAGGAAAAGUCUAAAAAUGUUUCCACAGUACCGCAACCUCAUCAGCCUAAGCUUCCUAAUGUUGCUCACAUUGCUGAGGGAUUGAGCCAUGGUUGUGUCAGUGCAAUGAAUUUAGUAGUGGAAGCCUACCAGAUGCAAUCAAAAAAUAGUCAACAAGAUAUCAGCUGUUCCCCCUUUGAUAUAAGUAAAGUGGUGACUUGUAUUCUACCUGGUUUACCAGAGGAGCAUGCAUGUGUUUUACCAGGCUGCAUUGUUCUCUUAUCCACUGAACAGGCCUCAGUUGCUCGUUACUUAAAAGAACAGCGCUUGAGGGUUGCUCUUAUUAAUGGGGAUUUGUCAGAUACCUUUCGCCAUCUUGGCUUUUGUAGACCAGCGGGUAUACAGCAUGUGACUGACCAGUCGGCUUUGUUAAAUUCAAGCAGAGAAGAAGCUUGGAUGGCGAAGGUUGUGGCUCUUCUGCUGAACCUGGAAGUGAACCUGAUACUAGUCAGCGGGCUUGCUAGUGAGAAAGUGAUUCAGCGUUGUUGUAGACAUCACAUGCUUGUGGUGGAAAAAGUGAAGGCUUCCGUUUUAAAGGCGUUCGCUGAUGCAACAGGAGGUGUUCCAGUGACUUACGUCACACAGUUGAGUAAGCACUGUGUUGGCACAGGGAUGAAGGUCAUGAUAUGGAGGGACCUCAGUGCCGGCACUGGGAGGAAGUCUUCAACAGCUGUGAAUAUUUCCACUGGUGGGAACAGCGGGUUGGUCACAGUGAUCCUCACAAGCUGCGUACAUGGCAAGCUGCAGGCCCUGGAGGAUCAGUUUUGGGCCUGUGCUUAUCGCUUACACCAUGCGCUGAAAGACAAAGCCCUCCUGCCUGGUGCUGGAGUGACAGAAAUGCUUUGUAUUCAUCACCUUCAGAGGCAAGCAGGGCAGCAUGUUAAGCACUUCAUAGAUAGGACUGAUGACUCCAAAGCAGAGGGAGCAGCUAACCCUUACAGGGGUGUAGUGUUACAGCUCAUGGCAGAUGGUUUAACUGAUUACAUAUCCACUGUGAUGGUUAACACUGGAAAGUUUUCAAAAAUCAAAGCCAGGACUGUGGUGAACCAACAACUGCGGGAUUAUAACGGACAUCUAGGCAUCACUGCAAAGUUCUCACAACUUUUCUUGGAGGGUGAAAAGGAGGACAGUGCCUUUUCCUCUGCUGUGAAAUCUGAUGACGCACCAACGUUGAAAAUCUAUGAUAAUCUGAGCGUGAAGCAGGAAGCAUGGAGGAAGGCCUUAGAUCUAGUUUUCCUGGUCUUACAGACUGAUGCAGAAGUCAUCACAGGCAUAGACCAGAAAACUGAUGGUGCACGGGAAAAUCUUAUGCUGUUAUGAUCUUCCUAUGAGAUCUCGGGGGAAAUAUUUGACAUGCCAAAUGGUUUGAAAGUUUAUAUAACCCACAAAUAUAUCUUAAUAAGUAUGAAAUUAAUGUUUUUAAUAACUGCUAUAAAGAAAAGAUAGGAAAAAAUGUUUAAUAUUCUGAUUUUCUGUCUUCAAUGAAUAGCCAAAGGAUAAUAUUCAAUAUUCAAAAAGAUCUUUUUUUCUACCACAUGGGGGCGACAAAUGAUUCUAUACUGUUGUAGUCUACUGUAUCUGACUGGCUUAUAUAAAUUUCUGUAUGUAAAUAUGACAAAUGAAUUGGCCUAAAUUCUGAUAUUGCCAGUAAAUCAGGUGCAUAUUUCAAACAUGUAUACUGAAUGAAACUAAGGUGCAAGUUCAAGAACCAAGAAAGUAGCAAAACAACAUGUAUGCAGGGUAAAGUGCCCUCUGUUUAAUUUUGUUGUUUUUGAUUUAUUUUCAGAAUUUGAAGUGAUAUUUAUCUGAUUGCCCCUUCAACUUUUGACAUUUGUAUUGGAAAGCUAUGACAAAUGAGCCUAAUAUCACAAAAGCAUACACAAAGGUCAGUAGUAAUCAUAUAUUUCCAUAUUUGUAUUUUAUUUCAUUUGUUGUCUUUAUCGUACUUUUUGUCUUGAGGGUGCUGCGUACUAUUCUCACGGGAAAUACCCUAAAAUUCACUUUAUGUUUAUUAUUAACCAAGCCUGACUCACCUGACACUGGUUGUACAUGAUCUUGUAAACACCUUGUCUUCGUGCUCAUCUCAGCCAGGGAAAACAAACACUAUGUGUCCAAAACCACAAUUAAAUUUCCCUCUUGUGGAGCAUGGGAGGAUUUUUGUUGUGCCAGUAUGUUUUUUAGUCUUGGUACACUUCCUUAACGAUAUUUGCCCACGCUUCAUUAUGCGUCUACAGCUUGGCUCGCACUGCUCAAACUGAACACCAACUCUGCUCCCAUGCCAACCAUGGUGGUUUUAUGACCUGCUCUGUCAUAAUGGGAAUAAUUGAUGGGGGAAGGAACGCCUCCAGACAGAGUAAAUGUUUUUGGUUGAGUCUUAUUAGUUAUGGAAGUUAUUUUAGUUGUUUGAAUUCUGGAAACCUUUCUCAAGCUCAUAUUUCCCCUCCUACGUGAUCAUUCAAAGGUCACUGGAAUAUUAAAAAAAGCACUAAUGCUCUGACCCUUGCAUGCCUUAGUACUAGAUGCAUACAGUUGGUUCAUCCUGGAAUUAAGGCCUAUUUUACAAUUUUAGAAAGUGCAAAAAUAUUAUGGUUGUCGGCUGCCAAACCUGACAAACUAUUAAUGCAACUAGAAAUGUCUGCUACUUGGAAAAAUCAAAAAUAACCCCAAAAACAAUCAUGGUUCAUAUGAAAGUAAAGUGCGAUCUUCGUUAUCUUUAGAAUUUUUCCUACUGUGUAUUGUAUUUCAGAGGUGUCAGUUGCAACAACAUGUGAGAUCUUCCAUUUCCUCUCAGAACACACACACAGAGAGAGAGAGAGCUUCUUUUUCGUGCUCUAAAAAUAGUUAAGAGAAAUAAAAAUGUUGCAAGGGCUUUACAGUGGAGCCACAACAACCUUGACUCAGGCGUCACUCAACGGUGUCGUGGCCGUGAGAGGGUGGGGUAUGACAGAGCAUAACAAACACAACACCGUGAAGGAAGUUAGAAUGGCAAAGUUGGUGACACAUCUGAGAGUUCAGACGGAGUCCACAUUUUACAUCAGAAGAAACCUUAAACUGAUGCGUGCACAAAUUACUCUGCGUUACUCUAAAAAUAUAAAAAGUUGGAUGAAAUGAUUCUGUUUUAUUUCUUAAUUUCCCUGAGAGCACGGACUAGUGAUUUAAUUUUGGGCAAUGUCACCAUAUGCAAAGCAAGUAGCAAUCAAACAUUUUUAAUUCUGCAAUUAUGAUUAGAAAAAAAGCAGCUGAAGGCAUUUAAAGUUCUGCUUUAGGGUUUAGAUUCAUUACA